CCAUCUAAUAAAUUAUUGUACAAAAAUAGCUUGACUACAAACAUGGAUAAACAUUGUUUCUCAAAUUGUAAUAACUCCUUUAGAGAAUACCGAAAACAUCCCAUUCCAGCUGUAGCUGAACUAAUAACCACCGAAGAGACGUACAUAAAUACAUUAGGAAAUGUUGUCUAUGGUUAUAUGACUGAGUACUUUAAUGAAAGUAGUGAAAUUCCUGUACCGAGAGAUUUACAGGAACAUGAUGGUCUUUUGAUAUUUGGAAAUAUUACCGAAAUCUAUGAGUGGCAUAAGCAUUACUUCUUUGGAGCAUUGAAGAAAAAUGAAUUAUCUAUUCGUGGCUUGAGUCAGGUUUUCAUCCAGAAUGAGCCUCAAUUUCACAUCUAUGCUAAAUACAUAAAUAAUAAAUCAAUAUCGGAAUAUCUUAUCAAUACACAUUUUGAAUAUUUUGAAAAAAUCAAAAAAGCAUUGAAGCACAAACAUAGUAUAGGAGAUCUCAUGAUAGCGCCCGUGCAGAGAGUAGGUCGUUAUAAAAUGCUGCUUAACGAAAUUUUAAAACAUCUUAAAAAGAAAGAUUUAAUUGAGGACGCAAACUGCUUAAAUGACGCCAUAACGGUGAUAGGGAACGUUUGCAACGAAGUAAAUGAAUUCGGUGAUCUUACUGGUAUCAGAAAUUUCGAUGGUAUUGUGUCGGCCCAAGGACAACUUUUACAUCGUGGAUUUUUAAAGUGCAACUACGAUGGUAAACGACGCAAUUUAUAUGUUUUUCUUUUUAAGCGCUCGAUUUUAUUUACGAAAAAAAUAGAACCUAAAAAGAAAUAUACCAUUCCAACAUACAAUUCUUGUCUGCAAAUACCGAUGAAUAAGUUACAGUUGAAAGAGUUAACCAACAGCAAGUUUUUCCUCCAACUAAUGGAUCCCAAUGCUCCCAAUUGUAGCCUUAUUUGUGAGGCCCACUCAAGGGAGGAACAUAAAAAAUGGGUACAGGUCAUCAAACAGCGGUUAUCAUUACAAAUGAAUUUAAUUAAUGAUUUAGUACAUCCCACCAAUGAUGAUGAUGAUGAAAGGGAGAUGCUGUUGUAGAUCACUCAAUCCUUCCUUAUUUAAAUUAAUUUGAUAUACUACAUACAUACUUAAUAAAAAUUUACCAAUCACUGUUA